UCAUUCGCAGCCCUUAAAAUGCCAGCUGCUGCCUGCCCACCCUGGUCCUGGUGCACAGCACCCACCAGGAGCCUGCAGAGGCCGGGGGCGUGCUGAUGGAAAGCACAUGGCAGCCUGUGGUUUAGCUUUCCCAAGGGCCACACCAUGAAGGGUUUCACGGCUGCCUUCCUCAUCUGGACUCUGAUUUCUCCCAAUGGCAAUGGCAAAGCCUGGCCCACACACACAGCCUGCAGGGACCGGAGCUUGGAAGUGCUCUACCAGAGUUGUGAUCCACUACAGGAUUUUGGCUUUUCUGUUGACGAGUGUUCUAAACAAUUAAAAUCAAAUAUCAACAUUAGAUUUGGAAUCAUUCUGAGAGAGGACAUCAAAGAGCUGUUUCUUGACAUAGCUCUGUUCUCUCAAGGAUCAUCCAUUCUGAAUUUCUCCUAUCCCGUCUGUGAAGACGAUCUACCCAAGUUUUCGUUCUGCGGAAGAAGGAAAGGGGAGCAAAUUUAUUAUGCUGGCCCUAUCAAUAAUCCUGGAUUUGAAGUUCUCACGGGAGAAUACCAGGUUUUGCUGCAACUGUACAAUGGAAACCAUUCCACUGUGGCUUGUGCCAAUGCCACCAUCAUUUGCUCCUGAGUGGCUCCAAGUGCAGCUGGCCCUUCAAGCUGAACGUGCUGGGUAAGAAGAGCCAGUCAAUGACAGACAGAGGCUCACCGAAGGUGCAGGUGCUGAUUUUAGCUCCAGGACCAGAUGUCCCCAGACCCCACCAAUGUAAUGAAGCCCCUGAAAGUCUCUGCCUCUAAGGAGCAUUCUUGUGGACACUAAGCAGUCUUGAAGGUCCAUCUUUCUCCUCUAACUGGUCACCUCACACCAGACUCACCUGCUUUCAGCUCCAUAGGAGCACUUCCCCAGUUCCCCAGAAGAAAGCAAGCUGGCCCACAGCUGUUCCUCAUGGUCUGUUCAAAAAAUCUUCACACAAUACUGUAGUUAUAACACAAUUUCCUCCAGACAGUGCCAGGUGCUGCUGCAGUGCAAGUAGUUCUGAGAGAUCCAGGAGGGUGAUGGGCUGGCUAAAAUUAGAGCGAUGGGAAAAUGGGCCAUUCCUUCUCCUGGGCAAGGCCCAUACCCUUGGGUCUUGAGGGCUGAGAAGCUGCUGAAGCCUUACAAAGAGUGGCAUCAAAAUCUCACCUGACUGACCCAGGAAUUCCACUUCUAGGAAUUUACCCUAAGAAUGCAGCAGCCCAGUUUGAAAAAGACAGAUGCACCCCUAUGUUUAUCACAGCACUAUUUACAAUAGCCAAGAAAUGGAAGCAACCUAAGUGUCCAUCAGUAGAUGAAUGGAUAAAGAAGAUGUGGUACAUAUACACAAUGGAAUAUUAUUCAGCCAUAAGAAGAAAAAAAUCCUACAAUUUGCAACAGCAUGGAUGGAGCUAGAGGGUAUUAUGCUCAGUGAAAUAAGCCAGGCAGAGAAAGACAAGUAUCAAAUAAUUUCACUCAUCUGUGGAGUAUUAAGAACAAAGAAAAAAACUGAAAGAACAAAACAGCAGCAGACUCACAGAACCCAAGAAUGGACUAACAGUUACCAAAGGGAAAGG